AAACAAUUUACUUUUUCAUGCUUUUCUUAUUUUGAUGAAAAAUUGAGUUGGGGUCCAACACAAAAUUUGAUUUAGGGAGCUUCCAACUAGCACAAAGCCAAAGCCUUCAGCUUAACUGAUAUUACCUGCCUUCCCUGUUUCUUUUUAUUUUAUUUUGCAUUAUAUGUCUAUGUUAACCAUUAGUCUGUGCAUGUUUUGUAAAUCUGAUCAUUUAGAUUAAAGUGCUGAAAAAACAUCAUAUACAUAAAAAACAUGGGAAUAUACCGUAUUUGUAUGGAAAAAACCCCCCAAUAAAAAUACAGAAGUUUUAUUAUAAACACCUUUUUUUUAAAUAAACUGUUGUUUUCAACUUGUAAAUUUCUUAGUGUAUUAUAGCCUACUGUGUGCACAAAAGAAAAAAAAUCUGACAUGAGUUUAUGCCAGACCAUCAAAUUGAGUGGAAAAUUAUUUAAGUGAGAGUGAACAAAACCCCCUCAGGGGAUUGAAUUAGCUGACAACAGAAAAAAAGAAGAGUGAAACCCAUAGGCUUCUCACCUUAGAAAAAGCACCAAUCAAGACACACUGGGGCGGGCCAAAUGAGAAGAUAUAGACCUUGUGACAGGUGACACCUUGACAUAGAGCAAGGACAAGCAGACAAGGAAGGAUCGGAGAAGAACAGUCCUCAACUUUAAAACUAAGAAAAGCCUAUUUUGAUGACUAGUCAAUACUUCAGUGAGAACUGAAAAAGAAAGUCUUUCAGGAACUGGCACAACUGUCAGUAAUUUUAGGCGAAGAGGAAGGACAACAACAAACAGAUCAGAAGAGGGUAAGAGGUGGAAAGAAACUUGAUGAUGUCUUCAUUUGAGACCCAGAACCAGUCACCUCCUCGUUGUGGUCCACAGUUUCCAAGUUUAGGCCAGGAACCUCCAGAGCUCAGCAUGUACGGUGAAUGCUACUACCCUCCUCCAUCCCUACCGAGUCCUCAGCGAACAGCUCCUUCUUCCUAUGAACUGAGUGACUACACCACCUCAUCUCCAAACCCGUACCUUUGGUUCAACAGCCCCGGGAUCAACUCCUCUUCGUACCUGUCCAACAAUGGCCCACCAGGAAAUCCAGGCCCACCGUUUGUACCUCAGCACUAUGGCAUGCAGAGACCCUACCUGGGACCAGCUGGACCCGGUGGUCCAGGGGGGGAACUAAGCUGGUUCUCACUUCCCUCACAAGAAGAUCUGAUGAAGCUGGUCAGACCACCUUAUUCCUACUCUGCUCUGAUUGCAAUGGCUAUCCAUGGAGCACCAGACAAGAGACUGACACUGAGUCAGAUUUACCAGUACGUUGCUGAUAACUUUCCUUUUUAUAACAAGAGUAAAGCUGGCUGGCAGAAUUCCAUCAGACACAACCUGUCACUCAACGACUGCUUCAAAAAAGUGCCAAGAGAUGAGGACGAUCCAGGUAAAGGCAACUACUGGACACUUGACCCGAACUGUGAGAAGAUGUUUGACAAUGGAAACUUUCGCCGUAAAAGGAAGAGAAAGUCUGACUCCCUCAACAGUGGUGACGGCGCUUCAGGGCCUCCAGAGUCAGGAGACAGUGAAAGGGGAAGCCCCAAACACCCUGCCCUUACCAUGUCCCCGACACCGGAGAGAAUCCCCUCCCCUUCACUGUCGGGUCCCACGCCAUGCCUGAGCAGCUUCUUGUCUGAAAUGUCUACAGUUUCUACUGGAGCAACAAACGAGGUUGGGGGAGAUGGGUUGACCAGGCCGCUGCAGAUUAACCUUCCCCUAGAUGGACCGCAUAGACAUACCCAGCCAGGAAACUUUAGUAACUAUUCCCCCAACUCAGGUGUCUCAGAGUGGGUACCACAGGUACAAGCUCCCUCUGUGCUCACAUCCUCACCGUCCCACUCUUCUUUAGGUUACUCUAGCCCCAUUCUGAGCCAGUACACUGGGUCCAGUGGGCACUUCUAUCCUACUCUGAGCUCCACUGGAAUCAUGUAUCAUCGAGACGGCACAGAGGUCUAAGGAGACGUAAGGGGAGGGAAUGAUGUCUUAGGAAAGACUGUUGAAGGAUCUUUCAAAUGUCUGGUAUUCGUUUUGGCAAAACAUAAUGUUUUUUUGCUGACUUAGACAGGUGAGAGUGCUAUAACACAUGAGCAUACUAAACGGCGCUCUAUUCCCACAAAAAAAGCUGAUUCAGGCAUACUGGCCUUUCAUUGUCCAACCAUAAAAAAAGGGACUUGCCUUGCUAUCAGAUCCUGUCAGCUUUUAUUUCAGAUAUAUCUCUGCAAGAGCUGUGUCAACUUUAGCUGACGAAGCUCUAAUCUGCUGACACUAUGCCAUUCAACGCUGACAGACAGCUUAUUCAGAGGGGUAGUUGAAUUACAGCGAUGUCAAGAUUGUGUUGUUCCCGCGCAAAAUAAUAAACAAGUAAUAAUGAGACUGUCAUUCUUUUUAGUACUGCAACAAUCGGAUUCAUUUACAGUCUGGGAGUGUAAUAUAAUGGUGGUAGUUGUACUUUGUAAGUAUGUUCACUUGUUCUAGUUUGUUACCUAAUUGUUGGUUUGUUUGUAAAAGUUUUGUUAAACAGAAGGAGUUCAUAGGGUGUGGCUUCAUGCUGUGUAUUGUGUUUUUACCAUUAAUAAAAUCUUUUUGACAUACA